AUGAAGCGCAGAGGAGGGCUCGCGCGCGCGCUCCUCGUCGCGCUCCUCGCGCUGUCUCCGUGGGGUUUCGACGACGCGGCGUCGUCGUCGCGCGGCGACGCGGCGUCUUCGGACGGACGCGAGGCCGCGGGAUUAAUUCGAUUUCGGCCUCGAACGUCCUCCUCCUCCUCCUCGUCGUCGUCGUCGUCAACUCUCUUCGCGCUCGCGGCGCACGACGACGUGUACAGCGGCGGUGUCAUCACCGUGGACUCGCGCGGCAACCCCGUCGGCGACACCGUCUCCGCGCCCGCGCGCUCGAUGGUCGGAUUUGUCCAAGACUGCGUCGGCAUCCCACCCAAAAACUCCGGCUCCCUCUGCGGCGCGCGCGGGUCCUACCUCCACGGCCACUACCUCUUCGUCGCCGCGACGCUACAGAACGCGGUGACGUGCGUGGACGUGUACCGCCCGGACAUGCCCACGAUCGCGGGCUCGGUCGCGGACCGCGUCAACUUGGAGCAGGUGGUCGCCACGUGGAUGCACCGAAGCGAAGACUACCUCGUCGCGGUGUCGCGCGGGAAGAGGCCCGCGGGGAUCGGGUCCGUGACGCUCGUCGACGUGCGCCCGGCGCGGUGGAGCGUGGACAGCAGCGAUCGGCCGAUCGUGUCGCCGGUCGUGUUGACGUCGCUGAAGAAUUGCUCGAGCACGACGACCGUGGACGGCGUGCGGACGACGACGGGGUCGCUCUGCGGCGCGCGCGCGUUCGCGGUGAAGAACGACUUCGCGUACGUCGUCGGCGAGCUCAGCAACUCGGUCGUCGUCGUCGCGCUUCCGAACGCGCUCUCCGACAACCCGUCGCUCGACGCCCCCGUCGUUCGCGGAUUCGUGAACGAUCAGGACAUGCUGAAAGGCGCGUACGCGAUCGCGGUGAGCGGGACGAACGCGUUCGUCGCGUCGCGAUGGGACUCCGACGCGAUCGUGUUGAUCGACGUGUUGGAUCCGUCGAACCCGACGAUCGGAGGGAAAGUCCCGAAAGUCGGACAACUGGGGUCGUUCGACACCGUCGUCAGCAUGAGCGAGAUACAGGCGGCGUCGUACACCGGCUCGCGUCUGCGCGGGCUCGAGUUCGUCGCGAAAGGCGUCCCCGCGGGGUCGCCGUACGCGUUCGUGACGAGCGAAUUCGACGGGCGCGUCAGCACCGUGGACGCGCGGUGCGUCGCCGCGAGCGAGGAGGUGGGAGAGUCAGUGGGGUACUGCGCGUCGAGCGCGCGGCGGGCGCUGUACGACGUCGACUCGCCCGCGGACGAGCCGUACGUGUACAGGUCGAACGCGCGGCCGAACCGAGCGCUGCUGUGACGCGUACCGUGUACCUUUACUACAGUAGUUGUACUAGUCCUUAGGGCCGACUAGCUAGCUAGAUAGUCUCUUCUGAUAGAGGAAGCGUUUAUACGCG